AUGGCCGUGUGGCAACAGUUUGGAUUGCUCCUCUGGAAGAACUAUAUUCAGCAAAAGCGUCAGAUCCUGGUCACACUGGUGGAAAUCGCUCUGCCGCUGCUCUUCUCCGCCAUCCUGAUCGUCCUGCGGCAGAAAGUGUCUUUCACCAACUACCCGAAUGCCACACACUACCAGAGCUUCCCUCUGAACGGCCUGCCGCCACUGCUGUGCUACCAGCAGCUGCAGCUGGCAUACGUGCCCGCAAAUGCCAGCGUGGUGCAGCAGAUCGCACAGGACGUCCAGCAGAACCUGCAAUCAUGCAUCAAAAACGUUCGUGGCUUUGAAACGGAGGAGCAGUUUGAGGAGUUCGUGAAAACUGAUCCAGAGUCAGGCAAGAUUUUGGCAGCCAUUGUGUUUGAACAUCCAUUCAGUCACGAUGAUGAGCCGCUUCCUCUGCAGGUCAGCUAUCAUCUGCGCUUCACGUACAGCCCCAGAAAUGCUCCAGCCCGAGAGAAGUCCGAGCUCAACCCUAACAAUGAUAUGGACUGGCACACGCUCAGCCUGUUCCCGCUGUUCCAGAUGCCCGGACCCAGAGAACAACACGACCCUCACGGGGGAACGCCAGGUUAUUACCGUGAGGGUUUCCUUCAGGUCCAGUACGCGGUGGACAGAGCGAUCAUGAUGGCCUACAACAGAAGCGCGGCCAUGGCUCUCUUCGACCAAACACAGGUGCUGCUGUCCCGCUUCCCUUACCCAGCGUUCAUCUACGACGUCUUCAUCCUGGCCAUCCAGAACCAGCUGCCCCUGCUGCUUGUGCUCAGCUUCACCUACACGGCACUGAACAUCGUCCGCGCCGUCGUGCAGGAGAAGGAGAGGAAGCUGAAGGAGUACAUGCGCAUGAUGGGUCUCAGUAACUGGCUGCACUGGAGCGCCUGGUUCCUCAUGUUUUUCCUCUUCCUCUCCAUCUCCAUCUUCUUUGUAACCGUGCUCUUCUGUGUGAAGGUGAGUCCUAAUGGAGCCGUGUUGACCUACAGUGACCCGACGCUGGUGUUUGUUUUUCUGCUGGUGUUCGCCAUUUCCACUAUAAACUUCAGCUUCAUGAUCAGCGUCUUCUUCUCCAGAGCGAAUGUGGCUGCAGCAGCCGGCGGCUUCAUCUAUUUUCUGAGUUACCUGCCGUACGUCUUCCUGUGGCCUCGCUACGACCUGCUGUCACACGCUCAGAAAGUGUCCGCCUGUCUCAUCUCUAACGUGGCCAUGGCCAUGGGUGCGCAGCUCAUCGGCAUGUUCGAGGGCAAAGGCACGGGCAUUCAGUGGCACAACCUGUUUGAAGCGGUGACGGUGGAUGAUGACUUCUCUCUGGCGCAGGUCAUAGGUCUGCUGCUGCUAGAUGCUCUUUUGUACGGCCUCGUGGCCUGGUAUGUCGAAGCCGUGUUUCCAGGAGAGUAUGGAGUCCCUCAACCCUGGUACUUCUUUAUUCUGCCCUCGUACUGGUGCAGCAGUCCCCGUGUGGCCUUUCUGAAGGAAAAGGAGGAUGAAGAGGAUGCAGAGAAAGCCUCAAAGGGUGAAUUUAUGGAAGAGGAGCCAGCUGGACUAGUCGCGGGGGUCAAGAUCAAGCGUUUGGCAAAGGUGUUCAAAGUGGGAAAUAAGAGCAAGGAGGCGGUGAGGGAUUUAACGCUCAACAUGUUUGAAGGGCAGAUCACUGUCCUGCUUGGGCACAAUGGAGCCGGCAAGACCACCACACUGUCAAUGCUGACCGGUCUUUUCCCGCCCUCCAGCGGUCGUGCCUACAUCAAUGGAUAUGAUAUUUGUCAGGAUAUGGCUCUGAUCCGCCGCAGUCUCGGUUUGUGUCCGCAGCAUGACGUGCUCUUCGAUAACCUCACCGUCAGAGAACACCUGCUCUUCUACACACAGCUGAAGGGUUACCCUCGCGAGAAGAUCCCUGGAGAGGUGGACCGGAUCAUCCGCAUCCUCAACCUUGAAGACAAGCGUAACGCCAAAUGCAAGACUCUUUCUGGUGGCAUGAAGAGAAAGCUUUCCAUCGGCAUUGCUUUAAUUGGAGACUCAAAGGUGGUGAUGUUGGACGAGCCCACCUCAGGAAUGGACCCCUCAGCCCGUCGGGCCACCUGGGACCUGCUGCAGGGCGAGAAACGUGGCCGCACCAUCCUGCUUACCACACACUUCAUGGACGAGGCCGACCUGCUGGGAGAUCGCAUCGCCAUCAUGGCCAGCGGAGAGCUCCAGUGCUGCGGCUCGCCACUCUUCCUCAAGAACAAAUAUGGUGCUGGUUAUCAUAUGGUUAUUGUGAAGGAUGCGUUUUGUAACGUGUCGGAGAUCACCCGUCUGGUCCACAUGUACGUGCCUGACGCCACAUUAGAGAGCAGUGCAGGCGCUGAACUCUCAUACAUACUGCCCAAAGAGAGCACCAGCCGGUUUGAGCUGCUGUUUGCUGAGCUGGAGAUGAAUCGAGAUGAGUUGGGCAUCGCCAGUUAUGGGGCGUCUGUUACCACCAUGGAGGAGGUUUUUCUCAGGGUCGGCAAGCUGGUGGACUCGAGUCUGGAUAUUCAGGCGAUUCAGCUCCCGGCUCUGCAGUACCAGCACGAGCGGCGCUCUCACGACUGGACCAUGGACGACUCCAGCAGCAUCAGCGGCAUGACAGACGUGACCGAUUUCACCGACAGCUGCACAAUGAUCUCAGAGGACGGAUCCAACAUCAAGCUCAACACCGGGGCCAGACUGUAUAUGCAGCAGUUCUACGCCAUGUUCCUGAAGAGGGCGCUCUACAGCUGGCGCAACUGGAAAGUGAUGGUGGCUCAGUUUCUGGUGCCGCUCAUCUUCACAGUGUUGGCCCUCGUAGUGGCCCGUAGCCUGCCCAGCAGCCAUUCUUCACCACAGCUCCGCCUGGCGCUAAAACAAUACGGCCAAACCCAUGUACCUGUUGCUGUUGAAGCUAACGCCGGGCCACUGGCUUCACUUCUGGCUGAAAUCUACACCACACAGCUGCCUUCCCAGAAUGCCAUUGCUGCACCUAAUAUAACAGAUUUCUCGGAGUAUGUGCUUUAUAAUGCUCAGAGGGAGGGCGGAGCUUUCAACGAGCACUGUGUGGUCGGCGCCGCUUUCAGAAGCAGUGAUGUUAUCGGAUACUUCAAUAAUCAGGGCUAUCAUACACCCGCGACAGCGCUCAUGCUGGUGGACAACGCUCUCUUCAAGCUCCUAGCCGGACCCAAUGCCUCCAUCCAGACUGGAAAUGACCCCAUGCCACGCAAUGUGUCCGAGACGGCCCAGAGCCAGCUCUCUGAGAGUCAGACAGGCUUUGCCAUCGCCAUAAACCUGAUGUACGGCAUGGCUUCAUUAGCCAGCACCUUUGCCCUGCUCCUCGUGUCCGAGCGCUCGGUCAAGUCCAAGCACGUGCAGCAGGUCAGCGGGGUUUACCUCACCAACUUCUGGUUCUCUGCCCUGCUGUGGGACCUCAUCAACUUCCUGUUACCCUGCUUGCUCAUGCUGGUGGUCUUCAGAGUGUUCUCAGUGAAGGCGUUUGUAGCCCAAAACCACCUGGUGGAUGUUCUGUUCUUGCUGCUUCUGUACGGCUGGGCGGUGAUUCCUCUCAUGUACUUGAUGAGUUUCCUGUUUUCCACGGCCGCCACAGCCUACACGCGCCUCACCAUCUUCAACAUCAUCAGCGGCACCGCCACCUUCCUCGCCGUCACCAUCAUGACCAUACCUGAGCUGAAUUUGCUCCAUCUCUCGCACCUCCUGGAUAAGGUCUUCCUGAUCUUCCCGAAUUACUGCCUGGGCAUGUCCUUCACUGAGUUCUACCAGAACUACGAGAUGAUCACCUUCUGCACCUCCAGCCCCUUAGCGAAGUACAUCUGCAAGUACUACAACAUCACGUAUCAAAUGAACUACUUUUCCAUGGAGGAGCCUGGAGUCGGACGCUUCCUGGUGGCUUUGUCCUUGCAAGGCGUCGUCUUCAUAAUCCUGCUGUUCCUCAUUGAGCUCCGGUGCAUCCGCCUGCUACUCAACCUCUGCAGAAGACGCAAGAAGGCUCUGCUGUUAGCAGAAGAAGCUCUUCAACCUGAGGACCGAGACGUUGCAGAGGAGAGGAAGAGGGUUUUAGAGUGUCAGCCGGUGGUGGAGUCUAUGGUGGGCAGCCCGCUCGUUGUACAGGAGCUCAGCAAGAUGUAUUCAGGUGGGCAGUCGCUGUUAGCAGUGGACCGUCUCUCAUUGGCCGUUGGGAAGGGCGAGUGCUUUGGUUUGCUGGGAUUUAAUGGAGCGGGGAAAACUACAACAUUCAAAAUGCUGACGGGAGAUGAAAGCAUCACUUCAGGGGACGCGUUCAUUGAUGGCUACAGCAUCCUUACAGAUGUCAAAAAGGUGCAGCAGAGAAUCGGCUACUGCCCCCAGUUCGAUGCGGUGCUGGAUCACAUGACAGGACGGGAAACCCUGAGCAUGUACGCCAGACUGAGGGGCAUCCCAGAGAAAUAUGUCACCGCCUGUGUGGAAAACGUCCUGCGUUCGCUGCUGCUCGAACCUCACGCUGACAAACUCGUCCGCAGCUACAGUGGUGGCAAUAAAAGAAAGUUGAGCGCAGGCAUGGCUCUGAUUGGUGGUCCGCCUGUGAUCUUCCUGGAUGAACCAUCCACUGGCAUGGACCCUGUGGCCAGACGGCUGUUGUGGGAUGCAAUCACGCGCACCAGAGAGUCUGGCAAAGCCAUCAUUAUAACCUCACACAGUAUGGAGGAGUGUGAGGCGCUGUGCACUCGUCUGGCUGUGAUGGUGAACGGUCAGUUUAAGUGUCUGGGCAGCCCACAGCACCUGAAGAGCAAGUUCGGCAGCGGGUACACACUUCUGGCUAAAGUGCGUGUGGAGACGGAGCUGGAGGAGAGUGACCUGCAGCUCUUCAAAGACUUCAUUGAGAGCACUUUUCCAGGAAGUUUACUGAAGGAUGAACACCAGGGCAUGGUCCACUAUCACCUGACAGAUAAAACACUGACCUGGGCACAGGUGUUCGGUGUUCUAGAAACAGCCAAAGAGAAGUACAGCAUCGAGGACUACUGCGUCAGCCAGAUCUCACUGGAGCAGGUGUUUCUCAGCUUCGCUCAGUUCCAGCACUGCGCCGAGGCCUGCAGGAAGUGACACGCUGAGUGAGGCUCCUCCCCCUGACAUUCACCUAAAGAUGAGGAGAUGCCGCCUGGGGCGACUGACUCUCGGUCAGACCACUGGACAUUGCUCAGGUGUCUCUCCUCUCACACACACACACACCUGACAUGAUCAUAAACACUGACGCAAGAUCUCGGCCAGUUAUUUCAAGCCUGAAUGUGCGUUUGAGUCUCGACAGGAUGUUCAUCACACUAUCUGAAAGCAGAUGUCUUUUUUAAAUUGGUGAGAAGAGACGUUGAGAUAUCUAAUGUGUGCACUUGCUGUGUUAUUUAUGAAUGUCUGUUUAUUUUUGUUUGUUUUCUUGAGAAUGAAGGUACACGUGUGUUAGUCCCUCCCUGAUGAAAAAAGGGCAGAAAUAUUGAAAAACGACGUCCAAAAAAUAAGGAAAAGUGCUGCUUCUUUGGGCUUUGCAAUGUUGUAGAUUAUAAAUUGAAGGGAGUUUACUGAUUGAUAUUUUUAAUGGCGUUUUUUAAAAUUUCCACAAGAGCUCCAUUCCCCUCGUAAAGCAAUUUGUAGUCCGUAAUUCAUUGGAAAUCAGAGUUUGUGUCAAAAGAUGUCAUUUUUAAUGAUACUUGCUGCUAAAAGCCAACUCCAAAAACAUUCCUUAGUUUCUCAGCACGCAUUUCCAAAAAAAAAACAGAAAUGUUUUAACGAUUUUUCUCUUCACAUGUGACAUUGCUUCUUUAUUUUUUUGCUUUGGAUUGUGACGUACAAAGGAAUUAUUCAAUGGUGCAACAGGGGCAUUGUGUAAUUUCGUGGAUGACCACUAGAGGACGUACAGUGCACUUUUUUCUUUUAGAAAAUCUACAUCAAACUGAAUGUCUUUAGAUACACUAAAUGUCCUCUUUAUGAUGAGAAUCUGUCAUAAGCGCAACGCUUUUGUGUUUGCUCCUGUGGUUCGGACUUGUUUAGCAGUGUUUGGUAGCACUACUGAUCAUGCGCUAUCAGAAAGAGACACAAAAGAGCUGACAGAAUUGAACGUGGCUGUUCACAAAUCAUUCAUUUAUUCCAUUGAAUGUCUUUAUGGACCACAAGGAAGUAAGUUUGAUGCUGCUGAGCUAAUCCCUCCAGUGCUUUAAUCACUGUUACGCCAAGUCUUGAGUCAGUCUGAAGGGUUUCAGAGAGACUCAAUACAAUCAGUGAGGAAAAGCAAAACUGACAUCAGUUCAACCUGCGCAGGUCCACGUUUCCGUCCUGAUUCAUCUUAACUGAAUGUACUCCUUAGCGAAGGAGGAAAAAACACGGGCUCAUCGGUGGCCUUAACCUCGUACAUGCUGACAUACUGUAGAUACAACAGGGCUCGAGGGUGACUGACCACAAACUAGUUUGUUUUCUAUGUUUUUGUCGAUUGUCGUCUAACUGGCUGUCGUGUCUGAACUGCUUGUCUGAAACUGAAAUACUGCAUUUUGAGAAGGCGAACCUGAGAAUGACAAUGAUGAUUAACGAUGGUCAAAUAUUUACCAUAAUGCAAAAAGGGAAUUUCCAUUGUAAUCUUGUGUACUGUAUCACUAAAUUAACCUUGUGAGAAAUGUAAGUAUUGCCAUUUUCCUUUUUUAUUAUUAAAUAUGCCUUAUGCUAAGGAAUUGUG